CUUCCCCCCCCCCUUCUUUCUUUCUUUCUCUCUCUCUCUCUCUCUUCUUCCCCUCCCUCCCUUUGUUCCCUUUUCCCUUGCCCGAGCUCCAUUCUCCUUCCGCAUCCCCCCCUCUACUUUCUGUGUCUGUUUCUCUGUCUAUCUGUCUGUUGCUGGCGCGAGACGUUGUGUUCGUCGGUGCGGGGGCGAGGAGGAGUUGGUCGUCGUCGUCUUCGUCAUCUCGGUCUUCGUCGUUGCUUGUCUGUUUGUUUGUUUGUCAGUUGUGGAUUACGCUGUGUCGAAUGAUCUAUGCCAUCACUGUGUCGAGCUCAGGGGCAGUGUGGGAGAAGCGGAAAUAACCAUGACGACCAUCACCUCGCACGAGAUGAACUUUCUCAUCUUCCGCUAUUUGCAUGAGUCUGGUUUCACGCACUCGGCAUUUGUGCUUGGAUACGAGGCUGGGUUGUACAAAAGCAAUAUCGAUGGAAAUAGCGUUCCUACUGGUGCACUCAUAUCGUUCGUUCAGAAAGGAUUGCAGUACCUCGAGAUGGAGGCAAACUUGAACGAUGAUGGAACAGAGGUUGAUGGCGACUUUUCUCUGCUCCAACCCGUGGACCUUCUGACCAAAGACAUGAUGGAGUUGCGGAUGAUGAUUAAGGAGAAGCGUUCAAAGGUUGAAAGGGAAAAAGAAAAAGAAAAAGAGAAGGAAAGAGAGAAAGAGCGAGAGAAGGAACGUGAAAGAGAGAGGGAGAGGGAAAGGGAAAGGGAGCGACAAGAACGCGAGAAGGAGAGGGAGCGAGAAAGGGAGCGGGUAGAACGGGAAAGAGACCGCGAGAGGGAGAAGGAACGAGAGAAAGAGCGGGAACGUGACAGGUCAGAGCGUGAGAAGGAACGGGAUGAGAAAACUAAAAUCAAAGUUGAAGAGCCUCGAGGAGCGCCUGUUGGAGAUCAAAUGGAGGUUGCUAGUGGUACGACAUUUCAAGGAAGCGAAAUUUCUCAUGCUGAUGUUACUAUUUUAGAAGGGCACACCUCUGAGGUUUUCAUUUGUGCUUGGAGUCCAUCUGGAUCUCUUCUUGCUUCUGGCUCUGGGGACUCAACUGCAAGAAUAUGGAGCAUUAGUGAUGGCCCUUCCGGGAAUUCUGCAGCAGCAUCUAAGCCUCUUGUGCUUAAACACUUCAAGGGCAAGACUAAUGAAAAAAGCAAAGAUGUGACUACUCUGGAUUGGAAUGGCGAGGGAACUCUUCUUGCUACUGGGUCAUAUGAUGGGCAAGCUCGAAUUUGGAGCAAGGAUGGAGAAUUGAAGAACACCCUCAACAAACACAAAGGUCCAAUAUUUUCCUUGAAAUGGAAUAAAAAAGGAGACUGUUUGCUUAGUGGCAGUGUCGAUAAGACGGCCAUUAUUUGGGAUGCUAAAACUGGCGAUGUGAAACAGCAAUUUGAGUAUCAUACUGCACCCACACUGGACGUUGACUGGCGCAACAAUCUUUCGUUUGCAACAUGCUCAACUGACAAGAUGAUAUAUGUGUGCAAGCUUGGAGAUACCCGUCCCGUGAAAGUAUUCCAAGGUCACCAGGAUGAGGUGAAUGCUAUCAAGUGGGACCCCACUGGCACCCUAUUGGCCUCAUGCUCUGAUGAUUUCACAGCCAAGAUUUGGAGUUUAAAGCAAGACAGAUGUCUUCAUGAUCUUAAAGAGCACACGAAGGAGAUAUAUACGAUCAAGUGGAGUCCCACAGGCUCUGGGUCAGCAAACCCCAACCGUGAUUUGGUGCUGGCAAGUGCAUCUUUCGAUGCCACUAUCAAGCUUUGGGACGUGGAACAAGGAUCGCAACUUUUCAGUCUCACACAUCACAGUGAGCCUGUUUACUCUGUGGCCUUUAGUCCCAAUGGGGAAUAUCUCGCAAGUGGAUCAUUUGACAAAUGUCUACACAUAUGGUCGGUGAAGGAUGGAAGCCUGGUGAAAACUUACCGUGGGAGUGGCGGUAUAUUUGAGGUUUGCUGGAAUCGUGAGGGAGACAAAGUGGCCGCAUGCUUUUCUAAUAACACCGUUUGCGUGUUGGACUUCAGAAUGUAGAUUUUUUUAGGUCCCUUCCCGAUAGUCUCAUCAGUAUUCAAGCGUUCUGUCACAUGUACAGCUAGCUUUUGUUCAUUAUCAAUUUUACUUUACCAUACAUUUUCCACCUUUGCAAUAUGGAUUUUCAUUUUGUUAAAUUGAUGAUCAUCAUCAAUUUAACAGUAUUUCAUCCACACGUGUUGAGAUUGUAACCGAUACAAAAUAUUGCAAGGACGAUUUUGCGUUCA